AUGCACCUCUUCAAAGGACUGUCUUUAAAAUUAAUUUUAUCUGCAAUUCCAGAUCAAACCACGGCGGCAGGUCCGCUGGCAGAGGAGCUGAGGCGCGGUGACACCACAGCGGCGCCCCGGCGGGUCUCCGGGGAGCCACGGCUCCCUCUGGCGGGCGGGCAGGCNGAGCUGCGCCGGGUCGCCCGCGUCGCCCGCACCUCCACCGCCUCGCUCGGCCGCUUCCAGCCGCGCCUGCCGAAGGAGCCGGCGGAGCCGCCCUCCCGCAGCGGCGGCAAGAAGCGCCGCUUCGAGCCGCUGCUGGGCAACCUGGCGGCCGAGCGCAGCCGGCAGCUGGAGCUGCUGCGGGACAUGGGCAGCAAGAAGCCGGUGCUCGACAUCACCCGCGCCGUCAACAAGCAGCUGCGGCAGGAGGAAGCCGAGGCGGCCGCUGCCAACAAGGGCAAGAAGCAGUCGAAGCGGGGCAAGCGCGGCCGGCGGCAGCAGCGGCCUGGGCGCAGCGGCAAGAAGAGCGGAGCCCGGCGGCAGCCACAGCAGAAGCCUGCGGGCGGUGGCACCGGCGGGGGCAGGAGGAAGAAGGCGUGAGGGACAAUGUGCAGCACGGGCUGGGGAUGCCCACCGAGGCGUGGGAAGGGACUGUCACUGCCAGCCUCCUGCCCGGCGCUCUAUUCACACACGUAUCUGUCAAUAAAUGCGUUCUGACCUUUCUAAAACAUCCUGCGUUUGGCUCUUAGCUGGUAGAAAGAGGGCCGUGUUCUCCAUCCAAGGGAAAUUGAUGUCCUGUUAAGGGGGUCGGUAGGCCCAGUUCCCCCCACGGUGGGGGGUUUCACAGGAACUUGUUUCACAUGUAAUGUUGCUUCUAAGUUAGCCUGCAGCAUUUCUGCCAGGACAAAAGCUGAGCAAAGCUGUCCCGUUUUUAGGUAGCUGGGACUGGCACUGGAUGUGACCUGGGGUUUUGAUGGAGUAGCAGCCGCAGGUCCAGUUAAAGGAUGUGGCUGCUACUCUCCCUUGGGCAAGUGGCCUGACGGUGGAGCUCUUGCUCUGUAAGUCAACUAAUGCCGUUCAGCUCUAUGGUAUUCAGGUUCAGUUGCAAAAAGAACGUGUAAACUUAGUGUAAGAUUUACUGCAGGGCCUAAGAAAUUGUACAGAUUUUCUAGAGAAUUUUGUUGAUGAAAAAAGGAAGUCGAAGUUGCUUACCAGCCAUUGAGUUCAGCAGAAAAAUGUUUGUAUUGUACAGGUUAGAACCUAUACAAUAAAUCUGUCCCUGUAGUAGCAGUAAUGCAUCGUUUUAUAGAAAUAAUCUUAAGUGUUUACCUAGCAGUUUGAGAGCAGGUAGUAAAAAUCCUCGCAGACUUCUUCCCGUUACUGUUUUGAACUUUGUAGUGUCACGUGUACACUUGAAAGAGAAAAUCUGCUGUCUCGGAUGUGUGGCUUAGCUACAAGGAAGAUGUUCCAUGGUAAGAAAGUUAGUAAAACAAGUUUCAGUAAUCUCAAUUAAAUUAGGUUUUCAAACUCA